AGCCGCAAAGGCCUGGCUUCAGAAUCGGUGCUUUAAAGCAGCGGAACACAUUCACUGUCAGCUCAGCCUUGAUGCUGAAGUGCCCAUGCUGGCUCCUGAAAUGGUUCGUUUUCUUAAUGACAUCUACAAUGUUGUUGUAUCAGAGAUGGAACUGCUGUUGGCCACCUGUGAAAUUCGGCGCAAGGAGAAAAGUGACCAAGAUUGUGAAACUUACUUCCAAGCGUCCCAGCUGUCUCUGGCAAGAAACCACCUACCACCUUCCAUGGUUUUCAAGAGGCCCAAAUCCAUCGAAAGUGUAGACAUCCGUCUAGCCUUAUGGAAAAGACCACCUUCUCAUCUAAAUGGAGAAGAUGCGCGCUUGUGUAUCAGACCUGUAAUAGAUCCUGCUGUUCUCAGUUGCCCAGAGAGUGACUUAUUGGGGGAUUUGCUGUGUGCCAUAAUCUCACAAGGAUCAGAGAAUUUAUCAACAGUGUGUGAAAGGCUCAGCGGGAAACUGCUUCCCAAGAGGCUUCGACAAUUUGUUUGGCUCAGUAAACUCCUGAGGGCAGCCUCGAAAAGUCACAGGGCCGAGACACUAGCAUCUACUGAGAGAGAAGCCAAAGUGAGCUUUGGGCACACAGUAGCAUGGAGGAUUGCUGAACUGAAGCUGCGGACUGCCACUCGGUCACCAGUUUCAGGUCUUAUUGAAAAUGCAGUUGUGGAGAAAUACAGAAACGUCCCCUGCAUGAAUCCUUUUUCUGUGAAUGAACAGAUGAUUUUAGAGUCAAGCAAAACCUUAAAUGUCUUGUAUGUUUUCAAUGGUACCUACGAGCCAUAUCUUAUCUACUGGCUCUUUCCUCUGCAAAUGGCAUUUCAGCAAAUAAUGCCAGCAGACGAACACUUCUAUGACUUAGCCAUGUACCUGCAUUCCCUACACCAAAACCUGUUCCCGAGCUGGGCGAAAAUCCAAGCGGUGGCGGACUCGGUGAUGAGCCUUCUGGAGAGAGAAGAUGCCACAUUCUUCACUCACCUCCAAAGUUCUUUCAGAAAGAAUAUCACCAUUGAUCCUAAAGAGUUCUUAGUGAAUCUGAUACUUCAGGAACAAGACAGUGCUCAGAAGAUCUUGGCAUCCGAGAAGCGAGAUCAACCACCCUUAAGCUUAGCCAAGGAGUUGCUGGCAAGCCCGGUCUUUUUCCUUAGGAAGUGGAUGGGUGAGGGGUUUGUUGGUGUGCUGACCUUACCUGCUGUGAUGUUGGUCUGGGAUCAGUUCUUCAUGCAAGACUGGAACAUAAAUACGAUGCAGAGCUUUUGUGCCUCAAUCCUUCUGUUGUUAAAGGAUUCAUUCAUGGCAGCUGAAGACUAUCCUGCAAUUAGAGAGGUGUUUCUGUUGCAUCCUUCUGGUCUUCUCACAGCUGAUAUUCAGAAGGCCUGGAUUCACCUGCAGCAAGGGGGCUUGCCCGCUGACAUUCCAGGGUUUAACAGUCUGAGUCAAAGGGAUAGAGUUGAUGGCAUUCUAGAAGACACCCAAGGAAUAUAAUCUUGGCUCAAAGAAGUGAGAGCUCCUUCUGUAGCUGGUGGCUGACCUAUACGGAGGAAAAGAAAAACUAGAGAGAUUGCUAUCUUGAAGGUCAACCGUCAAGUGAAAAAAGAAAGCCAUCCAACACCAUUGUAAGGUUUUGACUGGCACAAAGUUUAUAUUUGAUUCCUUUCUUAUUGUCACCAUUAUAUUAAUGUUUAGUUGUUCAAUUGAUUUAUAUCCCACCUUUCUUACAGUCAAGGUGGCCAUCGGAUUUUGGUCAAUAAAUAAAAAAUUCAGUUGAAUGACAGAUUUGUAUAUCAAUUAAAACAGCCCAGUAAAACAUCUCGUUUAUCAAACUACCAAGAUCAUUGGUGGAAUGCCAAGUGAAAGGAGAAUGUUUUGCAAUCACUAUGAAAGCUCAGAAGAGGAUUUACUGCCCUUAAAUUCUUUUGGAGAUAGUUACAUGAAGUGUAGGGAUGCUAUGAAAUUUCACAGCCCCACCUCUUGAAGAUUCCCCCCUUCCCAAUUUUCUUCUUUGUGAAUCAAGCCAGAGAGUUGUUUUCAAUUAUUUUCUGU